AUGAGCCUGUUCGGCGGCAACACAGGCGGCGGAAGCGGAGGUGGAGGGCUUUUUGGAUCGAGUGCGAACCAAAAUACGGGCAGUAGCGGCGGCGGCCUUUUCGGAUCUAGCACAAAUCAGAAUACGGGCAGCGGCGGUGGUGGUCUGCUUGGGCCGAGUACAAAUCAGAGUGGAAACACAGGAGGUGGACUCUUUGGAUCAAGUACGAACCAGAACCAGAACAGUACAACGGGUGGAGGACUCUUUGGUUCCAAUGUGGGCCAGAAUAGCAACACUGGCGGUGGUCUAUUUGGCUCUAACACAAAUCAGAGCGGCAACACAGGCGGAGGUCUGUUUGGUUCAAGUACAGCUCAAAACAAGCCAGCGGGAGGACUGUUCGGCUCAAGUGCCGCUCAGACGGGCACAAGCACCGGAGGUGGAUUAUUCGGGACCGGCGCCACGCAGAACACACAGGCAAACACCGGAGGAGGGUUAUUCGGGUCUAGCACGGCGCAGAGCACACAAAGAAACACUGGAGGCGGACUAUUUGGAGGUCAGAGCAAUACUGGAGGGGCUCUUGGUGGUCUGCUCGGCAAUCAAAAUGCAUCAAACACUCAAAAUCAGAGUUCCAAUUCUGCAUUUGGAGGCACAUCGAUGUUCGGCACACAAACACAGGCCCAACCUCCCUUCAGCAACACAACAGCGAACAGCGAAAGCCAGCAGCAACAGCAGCAGCCGCUUUCUUCAUCUAUGUUCCAUCCCCACACCGUAUCUGUUGGCCAAUCCGGCCAUACCAUGACUCAAGCGCAGUUGCAGAAGCUGCAGUUCAGCGGCAUGUCAACGACACCGAACGAGAAGCGUGUGGCCGAGCAGAUCAGGACAGUGUACCUGAAGUGGGAUCCAAACAUUCAGCCCACUACUACAGUCCUCAAGACGUGGCUGUACAAUACGGCUCCGAAAGAGUAUGCGCCAUUCUUCUAUCCCAAUGAACAGAAUGGUGAAGACCAAGCAAGCUGGGAAGAAGCUCUCAGUCGGAAGCCGGAGCCGGUCGUGGUUGAUGGGAAGGAAAUCAAUUCCACCUGGGUGCCGGUUCUGGUCAAGGGAUUCGAAGGGCUCAAUCAGCGCGUCAAGAUGCAACACCAGAUCGUACAAGAGAUGCGUACAAGACUCCACGAGAUGAACAACUCACUCACCACGAUCAUGGACGCGCACCAACAGCGUAUCACGGUCAAAAUUGCGGCUGCCAAGAGGCAACACCAGGUACUCUCCCAGCGUGUCUUGAAGCUAGCGGUCAAGGUGCAAGUGCUGCGGAAUCGUGGAUAUGCACUUGACACUGCCGAGGAGAAUCUGCGAAAGACGUUGAUGAGCUUGGAGAAGCAGGUCAUGGAUCCAGGUUUCGUCGGGCGAGAAGAUGAGGUAUGGGCGCGCAUGCUAUCUCUGCGUGAGCGCGCCAGAUGGCUUGAGGAGGAAGGCAAGCGAGUAACAGAGCAGUUGAACACCCAGAACCAGCAAGCAGUCAACCGAGCGGCAUCGAGUGGAGUGCCUGAGGAGGUGCUGAACAAGACCAAGAAAAUCCUAAAAGACUACGAGGGCCAGCUUCAGCAUCUGAACAAGGAGUUGGAGGAUGUCAAGAAAGAGUAUCAGGAGUGGGAAGAAGCGCAGAAGCAGAGGGGAGCAUAG